AUGGCUGUAAUCCAGUCCCUCCGCAACCUCAAGCAUGAAUUCUCUCGCGAACUCACAUGGCCGCUGGUGCUGGUCACCUUCUACGCUUCCGUAAGACACUUCCAGUCGUCAACCAUCCAACCCGCUUCGACGAACUGACAUCUUGUUUCAGUUGGCGGGCAUGUCCUACGGCAUCGACCUAAACUACUGGUCCGGUCUCCUCGGACUCGCGCAAUUCCAAAAGGAUUUCGGCGUCUACGAUGCUUCCACACAGAGCUGGAUUAUCCCCACCGUCUGGCAGAGUGUAGGAUCCGGUACUCCCACAGCUGGGAUUGCCGUCGGCACUUUGAUCGCUGGAUGGCUCGGAAACCGGUUUGGAAGGAUCAAAGCGUUCUGGGUUGCGGCUGGGAUCGCUCUGGUGGGAAUUCUGGUGCAGAGUACUGCUGGUGUUGGUGAAGGGAGAGGUGGGGAGAGGGGCUAUUGGCAAUUGAUUGUUGGGAGGAUCGUGAAUGCUCUGAGUAUGGGGAUUAUCUGCAAGUGAGUACGACCCAAGGAAAGAUGAUGAUGGAUUAGGCUGAUUUUGUGAACAGUAUCAUCCCGAUCUAUCAAUCCGAAGUUGCGCCUGCGAAACUACGAGGCUCUUUCGUCAACUCCUACCAGUUCAUGCUGCUGUUUGGCGGCUUGUUUGCUGUUAUUGUCAAUUGGGCUCUGAGCGAAAGGACGGAUCAGUGGGCUUAUCGGGUCAUUCUGAUUGUCCAGCUCGUCAUCCCGACGAUCAUGGUUGUUGGUGGUUUCAUUCUUCCAGAAAGCCCACGCUGGCUGAUUUCCAAGGGGAGAGACGAGGAAGCGGUGAGGGUUUUAAAGUUCUUGAGAAGAGGAACAGCGGAUGCGGUUGUGGAGAAGGAAGUGCAGUUGAUUGCGCGGAGUGUCGAGGAGCAGCGCUUUGUACUGACGAGAACUGGUUGGAUUGAUUGUUUCAGGUGAGUCUUUUCAAUCCGGCGAUGGUUAAGAGAUGUACUGAUUCACUCUUCUCUGCAGAGGGCCCAAUCUCCGCCGCACUCUCAUCGCCGUCGGCGUACAAUGCCUCCAACCUGCUCAAGGCAAUUCUUACAUGACGACUUACUCGAUUGUCCUCUUCCAGGCAAUCGGCAUCACGGACGAGUACAAGACGCUCAUCUACCUCUACUUUCUGGACCUCGUGGCCGACGGCUGCGCUUUUAUUGUUGCGGAUAAAAUGGGCCGACGGCCGCUCAUGUUCACUUCUUCCAUCUUAGUCGCGGCAUCGCUCUACACCGUCGGCGGUCUCACGGGCUACGCGGACUCUACGAAUCCAGCUGUACAAAAGGGUACCCUUGCCGCCAUCUUCCUGUGGUACUUCAUCGACGCCGUCGGAUGGGCCGGAUGUGUUUGGAUCACGUGUGCCGAAGCUCCCACCACCAUUCUCCGCGAACGGACCAUGACCAUUGCAACUUUCAGCGGCUUUGUAGUCAACUUGCUCAUCCAGUACGUCUCUCCGUACCUACAAGAUGAAGGGUAUGCGAAUUUGCAGGGCAAGAUUGGAUUUGUUUGGGGUAGUUUUGCUAUCGUUGCCGCUGUCUGGGUCGCUCUCUUCCUGCCUGAGAUGAGCGGGAGGAGUCUGGAAGAACUGGAUGAGCUGUUUGAGAAAGGUGUCAGUGUAUGGAAGUUUAAGAACUUCACGACGGUGGGUGUCGGGGCGGAAGUCCGGGAGUUGGAAGAUGCUGGAAAGGAGGCCGUUCUGGACGAGAAGAAGGUGAUUGUCGGUGUAGAGGUGGAACCUGUUGAGAUGGGCGACGAGUGCGAGAUGGAUUCCAAGAAGAAGAUGGACGUCUGA